AUGGAUGACCAGAUCACAAAGAAAUUAGUUUUGAAUGGCCCUUUGUCGGCGUAUGCGAGUGCAUUAACCCCUGAAGCAAAACAACGGUACUACAGAAAGCUGCUUUACGAUUCUGAAACGAAAACGUUGCCCGACCCGUACAGUUUAGGUGGGAAAUGGAGCACAAAUCCAAGCAACUGGCCAGAUUUAACUUUUGGAGAUAUUUAUCUCUAUUUAAUCGACACACCAUCCAUCUACAACAAAGAUUCAAUGAAAGCCUACAAAUCGCUGGAAGCAUACAAGUAUGUUGUUAGCGGACAUGUGCAGGUUGUGCUGUCAAAUCCAGUAGAUGACAAGUGCCCUUUCAUUGCAUUGAAAUCUAAAGUGACUCCUUCGCAGAGGGCAAGGGACAAGCCACAUGAGCCAUGGGUUUUCUUGGAGAAAAACAGCGGCACAGUUUACUGUGCACACUGUACCUGUAUGGCCGGGUUAGGUGAAGUAUGCAGCCAUGUUGGAGCUCUUUUGUUCAAGAUCGAGAUGGGUGUUAAGAUGGGUAUGACCCAAACCAGCUCAACCAGUAAAGCUUGUCAGUGGAAUAGCACUUUUCGAAAAGAGGUCGCUCCAACAACAAUAACUGAUAUAUUUCAGGAGAUUAAAGGCAAAAGGAAGAAGGAAAUUAAGACGGUUCAGGCCAGUGGAUCUGCGCCAUUGCCACCCUCAGAAGAACUACACAAGUUGUAUGCCCUGGUACCAAAUGCAUCUUUUUUUACAUCAGUCUCCAUACCAGGACUAACAGAUAACCUCCCCACUGAUCACAAUCUGCCAUGUAUCCAAAAAUAUCCAAAAUUGUUAACAACAUUCAGUGGAACACUGUUGGAAGAUAAUUCUAAUUUUGAGACCUACAGCAUUUCCAAACAACAAGCUGCUAACUUGGAAAUAGCCACAAGGAAUCAAGCUGUCAGUCCCCUGUGGUACCAACAUAGGAUGGGUAGAGUAACGGCAUCCAAGGCCCAUGACAUUUUAACAUGCAGAGACACGACAUCUCCAGAUAAUCUUGUAAGGCGCAUUGUUGGAUAUGUUUCGUAUGACUUGUCAAAGAAAGAAGCUGUGAAAUGGGGAAUCGAUCACGAAGACGAAUGUAGAGUUGCCUAUAGUAAGCAUCAGACUGGGUCUCAUGUAGAUUUUCAUUGUAAUCCUUCUGGUUUUGUGAUCAACACUGAUCACCCAUUUCUUGGAGCUAGUCCUGAUGGCUAUAUUGACUGUCAGUGUUGUGGGAAAGGUACCCUGGAAAUUAAAUGUCCUUUUAAGCAUAGGGACAAGACUGUACAGGAAGCAGCUGCAACAGAUAAGGAUUUUUGUCUUGAUUCAUCUAUGCAGCUUAAAGCGAAUCACAGAUAUUACAGUCAAGUACAAUUUCAAAUGUACAUUACAAAAUGCCAAUAUUGUGAUUUUGUUGUCUAUACCAAGUGUAAGCCUGCACCAAGUAUGGUCAUUGUACGACUGUCCAUUGAUGUCGACUUCUGUCAGAGUCUGAUUGCUAAAUGUGAACAUUUUGUAAACAACUUUGUCAAAAAUGAGUUGGUGUCUCGCAAACUGGAAAACCAGCCAGUAGUUACUUCUACCCAUAAAGAAGAUAACAGUGAUCAAACAUGGUGCAUUUGUGCUGAAGUAGAAUAUGGUCGAAUGAUCAAGUGCGACAAUGAAGACUGCCCAUAUCAGUGGUUUCACUACAAGUGUGUGAACAUUCGCAGGAAGCCUAGAGGAAAAUGGUUUUGUGCUAGCUGUGACAAAUAAAUAACUGUUCAUAGUCAUGAACAAUGUUCAGAAAUUGAACAAAAAUUGUGAAAUUGGUGGCCUUAAAUUUUAUUUAUAAAGUAUGUAUUUUGAAACAAUAAAAUGGAUAUAGCUACUGUUAGCUGAUGAUUAGUGUAAUAAACACCAAUAAAGUUAUUAAAUACACUAUCAGGGCUUCUAGAAUUUUAAAAAAAUCCGUUUUUUUUUUUUACAAGCAAUGGGGCAUGGCCACAGUACUUAAUUACUAGCCUGUUAUUGAAAUUCACUACCAUAUUAUAUAAUUAUAGAAUCCUCGAUAAUUUAAUCGUGGACAUGUUACAAAAUAAAAGACAGAAUUAUGUAUGUACCAUUUUGAAGCAAAAUACAAGUUCAAAAAUCUAAGAAACAAGUUUUGGUUGUAAAUUACAUAGAGCUGAACAAAUGGUGACUAUGCUGUCUGAAUGGGGAACCAUGUGCAUACUCAUACUACUACUCAGAAUGUUCCAGUUUUUCAGUCUUUCAAUGGCUCUUUCCACAUGUAUGCGUACAUUAGCAAUUUUUCUGGUCUGCUCAACUUCCCGAGCACUAAGCUGCGACUUUCCUCUGGUGAAGGCUGGUAUUACCAGUGUCGCAUUACGAUUUGCCAAGUCCUCUGCUAUCAAAAAUCCUCUAUCUGCCAAA